AGUAUAAACAUAAAAGCAUCUGGCUCACACAUGUCACUUGUACGUGACGCGGUGUUUUCAUUUCACAUACGCAAACAUGGCAUUAAGUCAUUGCAUUUCUCGUAAUGCAUGCAAGUUAUAUGGUGACAAACUUAAAUCAUAUAUCUACGUUACAGCACUAAAAUUAAAUACAUCAAGUAAAGGUGAUAGUCAUGAUAAUAACCAAGACAGAUUUAAAUACCAACGAACCACUAGACCUAAAAGGGGUGUGGUAACACUGGCCUGUGCCUGUGGCAGUGCCGGGAUCUUUUUGGCCUUGAGUGCUCUACAUUUGCACAGAAAGAAUACAUGCAGACACAUUACAUCCAGAGAAAUUACUUAUGUACCUAAUACUUUUGGCUUUGGCAAAGUUCUUGCUGCCUCCGAGAGCCCCAAUGAACCUGGUCAGAUAAUAGAAGGCUUGCCUACUUAUUCCAGGGCUGAUGUCGCUGCCCAUAACACAGUUGAAACUAAAAUAUGGGUCACUUUCCGUAAUGGUGUGUAUGACAUCACGCAGUACCUUCAGAGCCACCCUGGAGGGAACAAAAUUCUUUUGGCUGCUGGAAAAUCCAUUGAGCCAUACUGGAAUGUUUACUCUGCCCACAAAAAUGAGGAGAUAUAUGAAGUUUUAGAAACCUUGAGGAUAGGAAAUAUUACAGAGCCUGAUCCAAAAAAAGAAAGGAACAGAGAUGAUCCUUACAGGCUUGAUCCUGUGCGUUCUCCUCUCUUGAUUCCAUGCUGUGAGAAGCCUUUCAAUGCUGAGCCACCAGCAGAGAUCCUUACUGACAUAUUCUACACACCUAACCAUGCUUUCUUUGUUAGAAAUCAUCUGCCAGUUCCUUGUGUCAAAACAGAGAAGUAUGCCCUGCAGUUGGAACUACCAGGUCAGAAAACAUGCCUCAAGUAUGAAGAAUUGAGGAAGAUGCCCAAAAAGUCAGUUACUGCCACAACCAUGUGUGCUGGCAACAGGCGUAAUGAAAUGAUCAAAGUCAAGCCAGUAAAAGGCCUUAACUGGAAGGCUGCUGCCAUCAGUAAUGCCAAGUGGUCAGGCCCCAGUCUGGAUGAUGUGCUGAAGAAAUUUAAAGUGGACAUUGACAAAGUCAACAGUAAUUACAUUGUGUUUGAAGGCAUGGAUAAGCAGCCAGAUGGAUCUCCUUAUGGUGCUUCAAUACCGAUUGAAAUUGCCAGAUCUUUAAAAGAUGUUAUCAUCAUUGCUUAUGAAAUGAAUGGAGCUAUAAUUCCUCGUGAUCAUGGCUAUCCCGUAAGAGUUAUGAUCCCUGGAGUAGUUGGAGCUAGACAGGUGAAGUGGCUGAAUAGAAUCUACUUUAGCUCAGAAGAAAGCACUUCCCACUGGCAAAGAAAUGAUUAUAAAGGGUUUAAUCCUUCAGUAGACUGGGAUAAUGUCAACUUUGAUAAGAGCGUGUCAAUAACUGAGCUGCCUGUUACAUCUGCUAUUUGUGAACCUGUGGAGGGGACAGACUUAGAGAAAGACUCUGAGACAGUUACUGUCAAAGGAUAUGCUUAUUCAGGAGGUGGUCGUGGCAUUAUCAGAGUGGAUGUUUCUGCAGAUGGAGGCAAGACCUGGACAGAAGCUAAUCUCAAGCCAAAUGGUCAGACGCCUUACACAUCAUAUGCUUGGACCCUUUGGGAAGUGGACCUGUCUCUACCCCAAGAUGCGGAUGAGACAACUUUGGUAGCCAAAGCUGUUGACAUAUCUUACAAUGUUCAGCCUGACUCAGUGGAAGGCAUCUGGAACCUCAGGGGUGUUCUUAACAAUGCUUGGCAUAAGGUGAAUGUGACAAGAGGCAAACAAAACAAGACAUCUCAGCAAGAUGAAAACUCAAAGGAGCAACAAGAAAUGACAGUAGAGCAAAAGGAAAAGACUGAUCAGCAAGAAGCCAAGAAGUAAAAAGUGUCUAGAUCAAUUCCUUUUUUUUCUUCGACAUUUUGUUGCCAAUGUUCAUUCUAAAGGUUAGAUGUUUGAGUAGUUUGUGUUUGGUUUACCUUGUGGCCCAUGCAAAUGUACAGGGGAUUUUUUUUUUUUAAUGGAAAUAGAUCGUAGAAAACAAGGAUAUCUUAAAGACAUUUGACUUGAGAGCAUACUAUCCCUGAAUUACCAGAAAAGCAGAUAGUGUGUGCUACUGUCCAGACAAGUUUGACAUCCCUCACCAAAGACACUGCAUGCUUAUCAGGCUAUGAAUUAUCACUAUUCUUGUCCUGUCAUAAGCUGUUUUCUAUGUUCAAAAAUAACUAAAAUACCCGCAUCUAUUGGGGCUAGUACCUGGUUGUGAAGAAGCAGGAUGUUAAAUAUUAAACCAGGAAAGAUUGCAGGCCUAUGAGAGUAAAUGCAAGAGUUUAUUGCUGAUUAUGUAGAUAAAAGAAAAUGAAUUUGUCAUGCUGAGAGUCAAUAAUUGAAUAGCCAAACAAGAGAAGCACCUUAAUAUUUUAAAAGUGAACAAUGUGUGUGUGUGGGGGGUGGGGGGGUUGAGACCAAUGGUAAGGCACAAAACCCUCAAAGAGUACUGUAGAUAUUGCCAUAUUCAUUUUUCUGAUAAAGCAGAUGAAAAUUUCUCAACAAUACAGCUAUUGCUAUAUAAAAUUUGACAUAAUUCACUUGUAAGCCAUUUGUUUUCCCUUUGUUAGGGAGUGAUUUUUUUGUUUUUAUAGCCUCUGCAUUGCCAAUUUAUUUACCAAGGGGCCAGUCAUUAUUGAUUUGGUAUGCCAGUCAAAUCUGAACGUUUCAAUUUAUUUGAAUUAUUGAUGUUGUGUUUAUAGUCAUGUGGCCAUACUUGUUUUAGUCCAAAAUGAUGUCCCUUUUGUGCUGUGUCAAGUAUUAUUCCAUUCAAUUGUGAUAUUGUACAUUUUGAAUUGCUUUUCCAAUUUUCUGCUUGGGUCUUUGCAUUUUGUAUUGUAUUUGUAAUUUAAAGUGUGCUUAAAGUGAAUGUUUGAAAUCAGUAAUUAUUAUAUUCAUAUUUGAAAUCUUAAUGAUUAGGUGCUGUGGAUAUACAGUGCCUAUUUUAUAAAAAAUUAAUAUGAUUUUUUUUUACUGUCUCUGCUCUGUUUCCUUAUUGGUAAUGAAACCACAAUUUGAUAUCUGUAUUAAAAUAAUAAAGUUUUUUUUGUUUCUUUAAAUUGUUCACAAUUGUAGGUAGAUUGAUGAUUAUAGAAUUGUGCCUUGGAAACUCAGCAGCAGCCUUGUUUAAUUAUUGUCUUUCCUAGUAUGAUAAAAAAUGUAUUUUUAAAAUUAACUUGCAAACUUAGGCUCAGUACAGUAAAUACUUCUAUCAUAAAGCUAAGUAAUGUCACCUUUUAAAUAUGGUUACUUCAAAUUGUAGUUUUAGCUAUCUUCAGUUUUGUUAUGUAAUGAACUGAAUUCCCAUUUUUUAAGCAAACUGCACAAGAUAUCAGAAGCGGUUGAUGAAAUAUUGAUUCAUUUUCACUUACCUGCAGUCAUAGCCUUAAGAAUUGAUAUGGUAUUUUGUGCUAGUUAUUUUAUUACUGGUACUUCAAAUGAUAUUAACUAUUAAACUCUAUUGUCUCCAUAAUUAGACUAGAUCUAGGAAAUAUUAUGUAAUCCAAAUUAAUAAAGAUUAUAUUUGUAUGAUAUUUCUUCAUAUUUUCACAAAACUUUUAUAUAUGUUAUAAAAACACAAAAUGAUUGUCUUGAGCUCAAUAUAUUAUAUCACUACCAUCUGGAACAUCAAUCUAAAGAAACUCUUUCAAAACAUCCUUCUUUGUAAAGUUCCAGAAAGGAAAACUAUUCAAGAUAAUGACAUGAGGGUCAGGGUCAAAGCAACACUGGGAGCAUCAUGAUGAGAAUAAAGAGGUAACUAUGUUAUAAAAAUGGAUUACUGAGAUGGAUAUGUCCCAUUUGAAUUGACAACAUUUUGCAUUAACAUGUAUGAUUUUGUAUUUAGAAUUUCUUUCCUUAAUCUGUGCAUCUAGAAGCAAUAUAUUUUAAUUCUUUUUUUUUUUUUUAAACUCACUCUGUCUGGUAAAAAGUUUGUACACAUCAUUUCUACCACACCCAAUCUUUGAACAAACUAAAGUUUGGUUGAUUUUUUAUUUUACAUGACAAAACAAGAAUAAAUUAUGAAAAAUUAACCAAGGGAAAGAAAUUGUACUUGACUGAUAAGGUGGUAUAAGUUCAAUUAGUCCCCUUUAUACUUUGUAGAGAGAAAAAGUUUGAAACUAACAAAAGAAAAUGAGAAAAAAAACAACCUUCUAUUUUCAUAAGUACUUCCAUGGCAGAGUGGCUUGUGUGUGUUAGCUUGAGGAAUUCAGGUUUAUAUAAAAAGCCAUCUCCCAGAUACCCUCUUCUUUUUCCUCCACCCCUUUCCAACUGGUCCAGACAAGUGAUGUCAUAGCGUAUUGGGAAAGCAUGAAAUUGUGCUAAACAAAAACAAUUGGUUAAAAUAUUUGUAAUCGCUCAGAUGUAUUGUUGUUAGUCUUUAUCUAUUACAAAUUUAAUUACAUGACUGAUCCAAACUAAUUGAUACAAUUACACUUAAUAUAAGCUUUUUUUUUUUUUAAAGUAUUUUUAUGGUUUUCUUGUUUUACUAAGCAUUACGUCAUCAGUAUUGACUUUAAAGUGUUUGAUUUUUUGUUCAUUGACAUAAUAAUAACGGAUAAUAAAAAUAAUUGAACAGAAGAAAAUUUCUAACAAUGUGCACAAAUUAUGUUUUUAAGCAACUAUGACUUCUAUAAGAAUUUAACACUAUAAUAAAUAAAUACCUUAUUAUGUGUAAUGAAUAUAUUUUUCUCAACUUUGACAAAAUGUUAAUUAACACAAGAUUGGGAAAUAAAUGUUCUCAUUGUCAUUUUUAGAAUUCAAUCUGUAAUAGGCAAUGAAAUGUAAAGAGUAUACAGUAGUUAAAAGGUCAAUUAAACUUGUAUGUAUAUAUAUAUAUAUAUAUGGUUGAAUUAAUUUUUUUUAAAAUCUGAAAUAUUUAAGUACAUGUUAUCAUACUUUAUUAUUGAACAUGUAAGCAUACUACUGUUUGCAUAAGGCAAGAGGUACAUGUUGUAACAUCAUUUUGUGUUAUGUGAAUGCUGAAUUGUUUCAACCUUAAUCUCUACAAUGUUUAAUAAUCAUGUUAAAUGACAUCUUGUAUGAACUUGAUAACUUGAACUCUAAUUUCCUGUAUUAAAUAAAUCUAUAUAUUAAAUAGAUAUAUGUAAUGUUACUUUUGAAGAAGAAAAAAACAGCUCUGUAAUCUUCACUGAUACCGGUAUUUGUUGUCAUUGUCAGUCAUCAGACAGUGAAAGUAUAUUCUUAUCAAUGGCAUGGUUUCUUGAUGUUAUCUCGAUUUAAUUAAUUGACUAUUGUUAUAAAUAGUAUUUGUUGUUCUGUUACAAGGUUGAAAUAAAAGGUAUUAAAAAAGAA